AUGAGGUAUCACACGAGAGCUGGGGAUGAGGUGGAGGACAUGGAGGUGGGUGCUGCUCCUUCCCUUUUCGCCUUCAACCGCUCUCCACCCCCCACCCCUCCUGUCAGGCAUCUGGCCAUGCGGUACAGAGCGACAGCUGGGGACGAGGUGGAGGACAUGGAGGUGCUUCUACGGGUUGUGAAGAAACACCUGCCAGAUGUGCAGGGCGUGUCGGUGGGGGCAAUAGCAUCGGACUAUCAGCGGGAGAGGGUGGAGAACGUGUGCUCGAGGCUGGGCCUCACUCCCCUGGCCUACCUGUGGCAGCGACCGCAGAAGGCACUGCUAGAUGAUAUGGGUGGAGCACGUGUGCUCGAGGCUGGGCCUCACUCCCCUCGCAUUCUUGUGGUAGCGACUGCAGAAGGCACUGCUAGACGACAUGUCUCACCCUCUCUUCCCAUUCUCCCAUGCGCUGUUCCUCCCAUGCGCCGUUCCUCCCAUGCGCUGUUCCUCCCAUGCGCCGUUCCUCCCAUGCGCCGUUCCUCCCAUGCGCUGUUCCUCCCAUGCGCCGUUCCUCCCAUGCGCCAUUCCUCCCAUGCGCUGUUCCUCCCAUGCGCCGUUCCUCCCAUGCGCCGUUCCUCCCAUGCGCCGUUCCUCCCAUGCGCCGUUCCUCCCAUGCGCCGUUCCUCCCAUGCGCCGUUCCUCCCAUGCGCCGUUCCUCCCAUGCGCCGUUCCUCCCAUGCGCCGUUCCUCCCAUGCGCCGUUCCUCCCAUGCGCCGUUCCUCCCAUGCGCCGUUCCUCCCAUGUGCCGUUGUCCCCAGCAAGUUCGGAGUGAACGUGUGUGGGGAAGGUGGAGAGUACGAAACACUCACCCUCGACUGCCCUCUCUUCAAGCAAGCGCGCAUAGUGGUGGACGCCUCUCACAUCAUCUUACACUCGCCUGACCCCGUUGCUCCUGUGGGCGUGCUGCGAAUCACAGCCUUCCACGUGGCACCCAAGACCCAGGAUGGGGCUACUGCUGCUGAUGUGGCGCUCCCUCCUCCAAUGAUCAUUGAUGCCAAUGACGAGGAUGCUCUUAAAGAGGUCGGCAAUGGCACAGCAGUGGGAGAAGCAGGGGGAGCUACAACCGGAGCAGGGGCAGCAGCGGGAGAAGAAAGCAGGGGGUUGGAUGGGGUGCAGGCGUUCAAGGCGCCUCAAGGCACCUUAGAAGGUGGCGGAGACGGUGCAGAGGCGUGGGUUGGCCCUCGUUGCAUGCGACACACAGGGGCGCUAUUUUUGAGGCGCCUCAUAAGACCUGUAUUCGCACAUCUCCCCCAUCGGCCCCAUCUCCCCCCACUCCCCCACACAGACCUGGCCUCCCAUCUCUCCAUCGCCCUCUCCUCUGUCUCCCACACCCUCCGCUCGCUCUCCCUCUCCUGGGCGCACGCCCUCUACGUCCACCUCUACCUCGCUGACAUGGCGCAGUUCGGCGCCGCCAACUCAGCGUACGUGCGCCACAUCACCGAAGCCGAGUGCGUGGACGGCGUGCCGUCGCGGUCCACUGUGGAGCUGCCACUUGGCGCAUCGUCAUUGGGCGGCAGUGGGGAAAUCAGCGCGGAAGACUCUCCCUCCUCCUGGCUCUCCUUCUCCCUCCUCCUGGCUCUCCUUCUCCCUCCUCCUGGCUCUCCUUCUCCCUCCUCCUGGCUCUCCUUCUCCCUCCUCCUGGCUCUCCUUCUCCCUCCUCCUGGCUCUCCUUCUCCCUCCUCCUGGCUCUCCUUCUCCCUCCUCCUGGCUCUCCUUCUCCCUCCUCCUGGCUCUCCUUCUCCCUCCUCCUGGCUCUCCUUCUCCCUCCUCCUGGCUCUCCUUCUCCCUCCUCCUGGCUCUCCUUCUCCCUCCUCCUGGCUCUCCUUCUCCCUCCUCCUGGCUCUCCUUCUCCCUCCUCCUGGCUCUCCUUCUCCCUCCUCCUGGCUCUCCUCCUCCCUCCUCCUGGCUCUCCUUCUCCCUCCUCCUGGCUCUCCUUCUCCCUCCUCCUGGCUCUCCUUCUCCCUCCUCCUUGCUCUCCUUCUCCCUUCCUCCACUCUAGUGCACAAGCCACAGCGGGUGUAUCUAGCAAGGGAUGUGGGUGUGGGGGAGAGGGAGGAGGUGGCUCGGGCAGUUGAGGAGUUUUUUGCAGCUGCCCAGAGGAAGAGGAGGGAGAUCUGGGCAGAGGAAGUCGAGCGAAGUGGGAGGGGGAUGAAGGGGGAGAUAGCGGAGGGGAAGGGAGGAAAGGGAGCAGGGGACAAAGGAGGUGGAGGAGGGGAAGAGGCGGUUGAAGGAAGAGGGGAGGAGAAGCGUGAUGGGGAGUGGGGCGUGGGGCAAUGGUGGGUGGUGGGGCAUGGAGGGGAGGAGGGCGGAGCGGAGGAGCGUGAAGAGAAGAGUGGAGAGGAGAGUGGAGAGGAGUCAGCUGCAGCUGCAGUUGGUGGCGGGUCAAUGGUUACUGGUGCUGCAGCAAGAGAGAGAGGGGGAGGAGAUGAGGAGGAGGAGGAAGAGGAGGGAGAGGGAGAGGGAAAUGAGGAGGAGGAGGAGUCAGUGGGGGUGAUAGCAACAGAUGCGUUGCUGCAGUUUGUGGUCGUACCAGGACUGCCUAAAGGCGCUCCUGUUGAGAUUGCUCCUCUCCUUGCUGCCCGAUCUCUCCCCUCCUCCUCUUCCGCCACCCCAUCUGCCCCGUGGCCGAGCUCCCUCACCCCCCUGCACCUCCUGUCCACGUCAGCAGCCUGCCACCUGUCAAAUACAGACACCCACACGUCAGCUUUAGGGAAUCAGCUGGCAGGGAUGAGCUUGGGUGAAGGAAAAGAAGGGCACAAGUCAGCAGAGGCAGAGAAAGUGGUCGGGGCAAUGGAUGCUGACAGAGUUGAGGGGAACAGAGCAGGGGCAGGCAAGGGGGAGAGGAAGAGGAGAGCGGCAGUGGAGGGAGGGGCGGAGGGGGUGAGCAUUGUUGGGCAAGCCACGGCAGCAGCAGGUGCUUUCUGUCGCGUGCACCUGUGGGUGGAGCAGGCAAUGGGGGAGAGGACGAGGGGAAAAGAACAAGGGAGAGAGUGUGAAGCGCAGCACCCUCUUGCGCGUGGGGUGGAGGCAGGGGAUGGUGCUGGCUUUGAGGGGGAGGCCAGGGAAUCACUCGCUGACAGCUCUGUCGAUGGGGUUGCAGGCAGAUGCGUCGGAGUGCUGUCAGAUGCCCUCCACGUGGCACGACUUGAUUGGCCCGAUGUUGCGAUGCUCCGAGUGUAUGUGGCAGCGGGAGGGCCUAUCCCCAUCCCUGUCCUGCCCUCACGACUCAUAUUUCCAAGACCCUGCACAACCGAACCCAGUCCCUACCCUCCCAAGAGACACCUGCUUCAGGCCACCAGCAUGGCUCCGCUGCUGCUGUGCCGUGCCCAAUAG